AUGACAAGUGAUGGUGAACAACAGUCACAUUAUACAUCUGAAAUUGAUGCACUGGAUGAGGUAUUAAUAGCAUAUGGAUUAACAAAACUGUAUUGUUCAUCUGUAAAGCAUGAAAUGCCGUUAUUGACGGGUUUUUUUGCAACCCACCUACAAGCGAAACAAAGACCACCACAUAUUAUCUCUUUCUGCUCACCGAUUAAUGAAGAUCCUAGUAGUAAACGUGUGCCAGAAUAUGUCUACAGAUGUCAAAAUGUUCCAUUCUUGAUACAAAGCGUUAAUCAGAGACUAGCAGAAUCAACAGCAAGGUUACCUCGUGGUGAAAGAGGAGCACAAUUUUUUUAUGUUGAUGCACUGCUGAUUGAUUAUUGA